AUGCUGACAAGAGACUUGGUGGCAGACGCAACGAGCGCUGGAGGCUGUCGUUGGAACGUCAGUCUUGACGGCCUAGCAUUCCCCGACUGGUACGACCCGACGCUGAGCCCCGUCUACUUUUUCCGAAUGCUACUGGCUGGGACCACUGGCGGCGGUACAACAUCCCAUUACUUCAACAUUACUGAGGCUGCCGUCUCAGCAACCACUACAUCAUCAUCUGCGGUCACAUCGCCGACUGCGUCUUCCACAUCGGCGUCGGCCUCGACACCGGCUCCCCUUAAAGACGAGGGAAAGGGGCUGUCUGGUGGGACUAUAGCAGGUAUUGCGAUUAGAGCGACGCUAGGGACUCUCGCCGUGGGCUGUCUGGUGGGAUGGAUGACCUGGAAGCAGAUGCGAAAUAGGAAGCAGGCGUUGGCCCGCCAGAGCGAGAAGUCGGCAAGUCAACGGAACAACACAUCCCAUUCAGUGAGAUCAUUACUUGAUGCUGUAUAG